ACUCAAAUAAUAGUUGAAGAAGAACCGUAUGAGGAAGAAGAGCCUCCUGUGGGACCAACUGUGGAAGAACUUCGAUUACCAGAUGCUCUUGAACCGGUCUGGUAUAAUGGAACGUUGAAGAUGUACCUCCCUGGAUAUGUGGAGUUGCCUGAGGGAAAGAAUUUCACCACAGAUGGCAACAUUAUGAUCAGAUUGGCUGUAAAAAAACCUACCGACGAGAUAGUGCUGAAUGCCAAAGAUCUCACUUUUCCUACGGAUGUCAAUAAAGUGAAAAUCCUUACAGAACGACCUGCUUCGAGAGCCAGGCGACAGACAAUGAUUGACUCUCCGGAAGUGAAAAAUUCGACUGAAGACGGGAUGGCUAACUCCACGCGGGAGAAACUGAAGAAUACCACGGAAAUAAAAGGGGAAAUUCCCAAUGAAAUGGAAAUUGUUGAGGAAGAACCCAUAGAGAGUCCAGUCAAACGUUUGAUGCUUGUUGAAGGUGGACCGAAAGUGAAGAAAAUCCUGUAUAACAACACGCUUGAGAAAGUCUUCUUUACUCUCGACAGUCCCCUUGAAGCUGGAACUUCUGUAGUUCUUCAGCUACCCUUCAGCGGUCAAAUUCCAGACAAUCUCACAGGAAUCUUCUUUUCAAGCUACAAGAAAGGCGACGGAGAUAGCAGUUUGCUAGCCGUUAUGGACUGUCAACCGGCAUCGGCUCGAAAAUUAUUUCCAUCUUUUGAUGAACCAAAUUUCGUAGCCCCUUUGACAUUGACCAUUCUUCAUCCGAAUGGCACAACAGCAAGAGGAAAUGCAAUGGAAAUCACGGAUGCAGAGCCGACGUCUGAUCCAUUAUGGGUAAAGACGUCCUUGGACGUUGCACGGUCAUUACCCACAUCAUCGACAGGUUUCACUUUGACAAACUUCGAUAAAGCACAAACUACUACAGACACUGGAACAAAGAUCAGGGUGUAUGCCCGUCCAGAAGCCAUCAACCUAACCGGACAUGCCUUAGAGACGUCUGUCAAAGCGUUCGAAUUCCUACAGAAGUACCUUGCCGUCCCUCCCCGAAGCACAAAACUGGAUGUAUUCGCCCUCCCCGAAUUGUCAAAGGAAGCAAUGUGUGGUGAUGGAUUGAUUUUGGUACGCGAAGACCGGCUUCUCUACGAUCCUCAAGUGGAUUCCAUUGAAACGAAAGUGCAAGUCGCUCAGACUAUCUGUCAUGAAUUCACGAAACAGUGGUUUGGAAAUGUCAUGGGUGAUUCCGACUUGAAAGCACUGUGGCUGAAUGAGGCUAUGGCUAAGUACAUGGAGUAUAUAUGCGUUGAAAACAUUUUCGCAGGAUUGGAUAAGAACAGCCUUCAAACAGUCGACUCGAUGGAACAGGCACUGCUCGAUGACGCCCGUUCAUCAUCCCAUCCGAUGAGUAUCGAGGUGGUCAGCCCAUCCGGAGUCAGCUUGAUGUCCGAUGAAAUCACAAAUGAUAAGGGUGCAGCACUGCUCCGUAUGUUAAAUGCGGUUAUCGGAGAGGAAAAAUUCCAACGUGGUGUUCAGGACUUCCUUAAGGCUCAUCAUGAUCACUCGGAUACGACCGAAAAGGAGAAUUUGUUUGAUGCAUGGAACAAUGUCGUGUUAGAUUUGAAAUCGUGGGACGGUGAGAAGCUCAAUGUUGGUGACUUCAUCGACAAAUGGAUCAAGCAAAUGGGCUACCCCGUCGUCGAAGUUUACCGUAUCGAUCCCCACACCGUCGAAGUGACACAAAGGCGUUUCAAGUUGGAUCACCUCACACCAGAAAAGGCAAAGUACCGGAACGCCCUGUAUUGGUACAAAUGGGACGUGCCAAUUUUCUAUCAAUUGAAUGGAAAACCCCAAGAUAUGGUGUGGCUUCAUGAAGCCAUUCGUCUUCCUCUCAACGUCUCCGACGAGAUUCUGAUCAAUCCCGAUUCUCUUGGGUUCUAUCGAGUCAACUACGACGAUGAAGGUUGGGCUGAAAUUGCCCGUCAGUUGGAAGUCGAUCACACGACAGCGUUUGCCGUUAUUUCGUACCUUCCAAAAGAAACCGAUUAUUUGCCAUGGUCAGUUGCUGUGACAGCGCUGGAGAACUUCUACAAUCGUCUUUCAGAUUCCGAUCUCGAAGAAAGCGCUAACGAAUUCGUUUUGGAGAAGCUCACACCAAUUUUCAACCUUAUCGAUUUGGGCAGCCUGAAUUUCGACAAUGGAGACGACUUUCUUGCAAGCACAACAAGAAGGAGGAUAGCCAAGCUGUACUGCAAGCUUUCACCUGACGUAUGUAAUGAGAAGUUGACUAAUCAGUUCAAAAAGAACUUGCUAGCUCAAUGCGACAAGAACAGCAGCAUCGCUAGCGCUUGUUCGAAGGUACCUUCCAUUGGACGCUCGAUGGUGUACUGUGUUGGUGUGGCUCAAGGAGGAGACAAAGACUUCAAGAAAAUUCAUGAGCUAUCGCAAGACGAGUUGUGUCUUACAACCACCAAUCAACAACUGAUCGAUUUCAGUUUACUGUAUGAAAGCAUGGAAUCCGAAGACGGUGCAGUUCGAAAGUCAAAUGUGCAACAGUUGGUUACUGCUAUGAACGAUCAACUGGUGGGAGCCGAAAUUGUAACCGAUUUCGUUCUGGACAAUUGGAAGGAGCUGACAAACACAUUCGCACAAGAUCGUGAUAACUUGCAAGCCGUGUUAGGAAAUGCGCUCGAUCUCAAUAGUGAACGAGAAAUCAAGCAGGCGAGUAAUCGUCUCAGAACUUGUAAGCAGACAAGUAGUUGA